UGCUGAGCGCUGAAGAAAAGAUCAACCAGGAAAAACAAACCGACCCAGAGACACAAGGUCCAGUGACGUGGCCUGUACAGGAGUGUCUUACUGCUGCUGAAACAUACAACAAUUUAAAGGAUUAUGCUAUAAGAUGUCAGAUAGCGAACAUCCAGCCACUGAAAAACAGGAGACCAUGGAAGGCCACAUCGGCAAAGAGUCACCAUCGCAGUCAGACGGUGAGUCCUUUCAUGACGCGCAAAGUGACAUCUCCGCUGACGUAGCCCCAACUCGCAAGACGAGAAAGAGACCGGAGAGCAAACAACCUCCUGAUGUCCAGGAAAGUCCAGAGACAGCCGGUGUGGCGGAAAAUGCAUCAAAGGCUUCUCCAGAGAAGCGGGCUGUGAGUCAGGGUGGUUGGGGAGGCUGGGGAAGCUGGGGGAAGUCUCUUCUUUCUACAGCCACAGCCACUGUUGCCACCGUAGGACACGGACUGUCUCAGGUCAUCGAGAAGGCGGAGACGUCUUUGGGAAUUCCCAGUCCUACAGAGCUCUCCGCUCAAGUGGAAAAGGAAGCGGAAACGCACGGUCCUUCCAGCUCCAGUGAAGGAAACCCAGCGGAGGGGGAAGGUAACGUGUUGGGAAGUGCAGUGGGAAUGCUGUCCUCUCUGUCCAAUGUGGUGCAGAGUACAAGUAAAACAGUAAUAAGUGGUGGACUGGAUGCUCUGGAGUUCAUCGGGAAGAAGACGAUGGACGUGAUAGCAGAAGGAGAUCCAGGGUUUAAAAGAACCAAAGGCCUGAUGAACAGAACGUCCACCUUGUCACAGGUUUUACGGGAGGCAAAGGAACGAGAGGAACAACAGACCGCUCAGAACGUCACCUCGGAAACGGAGAAGAAGGCUCAUUAUGGGAUGCUGUUCGAUGAGUUCCAGGGCCUGUCGCAUCUAGAGGCUUUGGAGAUCCUGUCCAGAGAGAGUGAAGCGAAGGUGAAAUCGGUGCUGCACACCUUAUCGGGCGAGGAGCUGUCUGCUCUGAGAGAUGAUCUGGAGCAGAUCAAGGAGUCCUUCUCGCUGAUGGAGUUUGAUGAUGAGGAGGUAGAUGACCCAAAAGUCGAUGAUGGUGAAAACUUUGUUAAGGAACUGACCGAUGCGCUUAAGAAGCUUCACAUUUCCACGACAGCGGAGAGGCUUGGCAAGGCUAGGAAAAAUGCAUUUGACCGUAUUAUGGACAUGAAGAUCCCAAGUGAUGCUCAGCAGCAGCAGCAUGAAGAGGACGCUGAGCAGGAGGACACGCUUACCAAGUGCACUGUUGAGGACGCUCACCUCUCUGCUAUCACAAGCUUGGCCGAGCUCACAGCAAGAUCCAUCGAGCAGUUCCACAAGGUGGCAGAGAUGAUUCUCCACUCCAGCAUCGAGGGGGUCACGGCUCUGGAGCAAGCCAAAGUCUUAUCACAAAUCACAGUUAUUCUCUGUAAGGAGAUAUCAGUGCUGUCGAAAAAGUUCACAGCUUGUUUAGCUACAAUUGGGUCAAAUGAAAAAGGAGAAGUACUGAAUCCAUUAAUCACUGGAGUCUUCCUAGAGGCCUCCAACAGCGCCUCAUAUAUCCAGGAUGCGUUCCAGCUGUUAAUGCCAGUAUUAGAGGUGUCUCAUAUUCAAAGCACGGCAGAUUCGAGUCAGCGAUAACCGUUGAACCCGUCUGGCCCGUGCCAAGCAGGAAUUUAGACAUUAAUAAGGAACAAGAUCAAGUGUGACAGCUUGUCUUUUAGAUGUAAGCUUCAGAGUAACACAAAUUAAGUUUUAUCGUAAACCUCACCACUAAAAUAUUAUUGAGGAUUUUUUAAUGUUUUGAAAAUGUUAGUGCCGGUCCAUGUAUUCAUUCUUAAGAGAAUAUAUCUAUUUUUAUUUGUCUUAUUCAGAAUUUUGACCGUAUCAGAAUCAGCUGUUAACCAUAAAUUUUUUUGGGGGGGGAGAUUUUGCAAAUGAUCCUAAUUACAUUUGAUAAAGAAUGUAUCAGUAUUGUUUUAGCGUUAAUGUGUUUAGAGUUCUAGUAAAUACAGGAAUUGUAUAUUUUAAAGAAACAUAAAAUGUAACCUCCUGUUUAAGCUCUUCGAGUAGUUUGUUUUGUGAUCUAAGAAUAUCUUAUGUUGUCCAGCGUUCCUCAUGUUGAGGUUCUUUACUGCCAUGGUGACGCUAUGUCGGGUGUAGUAGUGUUCGCAUACUGUACACUCAAAGAAUAAAAGUAGGUUCUGCAUGUGG